UAUGAUAUUAAUGCUAAUAACAAGAAAAUCCUUAAUAAAUAUAUUAAAAGAGAAAAACUGUGUAGAAGAUGUUCAAGCUAUAUAUGCAUUGUCGGCAGUUGGUGUCGAUUGGGCAUAUAAAAUGACCGAUUCGUGGUUUAAAGAUGGAGAGAUCGGUUACUAUUUAAUGCAAAAAGAUUUUGGAAAUUUUGCCCAAUGUAAAGAUGUCAAAAUGGAAAUUGUAAAUAACAAGACAGAUUUGGAACCGAAAUUUUGUAGAUUUUCAAUGCAACUUGGUAACAAUCCAGCUCUUUUGAGUUUAGGACUCUGUCUACCGUCAUCUUGUACUACGCCUAAAAAUAAUGAAUUAUUAAGGACACCGUAUAAUAUCUCCGAUAUUUUUUCCAGCAAAAUUGAAUGCGAGUUCGAAAGACCGUUCUGGAAGAGCAAAGCCGCCAUAGCAGCAUUUGUCGUUUCGUGUAUCUUUUUUCUCCUCGUUCUAAUUGGAACAUUCUUGGACCUCAUCGGUGCUGAGGAGACUGCAGCAAAAUUUUUUAUAUGCUUUUCAUUUAAAACCAACGCUAAUAAUGUCCUAAAUACUCAACAUUCUAAAAAUUCAAUACAAUGCUUACACGGUAUAAGGGCUAUUACAAUUAUGUGGGUUGUCUUAGGCCAUACAUACUCGGAUACACCUGGAUACAUUUCCAAUAUCCUUCAAAAAAUGACAACAAUUAAUAAUCUCGCAUUUCAAGCUAUCAGCGCUGCAACAGUAUCCGUCGACACUUUUUUUGUACUUAGUGGAUUCCUCACAACUCUUCUAUUUUUAAUCAACAUUCAGAAAUUGAGACCAAAAGUAUUUAUACUCUACUACCUUCAUAGAGUUAUACGGCUGACACCUGUUUUUGCAAUUGUUCUUAUGAUAGAGAUAUGCUUUGUUAAAUUCAUACCAUACGGUCCUUAUAGUGUUGAGCGAGAUGAUUUUGUUAAAACUUGCGAAAGUUCAUGGUGGAAACAUUUACUCUUUAUUCAUAAUUUUUUCUCGGCAAAAGUACUAGAGGUAAAGAAAUAA